AUGGCUCACGACACCGGACGUAUUGUCGUUCUAUGCGGUCUUGCAGGUUCCGGCAAGACCUCCACUGCUAAGACGCUCAAGGAGCACGGGUGGAUCUACUUCGAGGGUGAUGUAUGGUCCUGGGGCGACCCUGUCUCACAAGCAGAGGAGACCCCCACCCCUGAGAUGAUCGCCAAAGCACGCGAGAAUGCCGAGAAAAUGAAGGCCAUCAUGGCCAUGGGGGCUGAGUUCUACGCCAGGGUCAAUGCUGGCGAGGAGGGGAGCUAUGAAGCUGCAAAUGCCUUUUAUGAUCUGAUGAUGGCGGAUGUGCUCAAGGUGAAGCACGAGAAUCCAGGAAAGGACAUUGUGGUGGUACAUGCCAUCAACCACAAGAAGAUCCGUGAUCACCUGUUUCAGUGCCUUGAGAAGGACGGAUGCAACAAAGUCUCUAUGGUCUGUCUUGAUGUUCCUCACGACGCGCUCAAACGACGGAACCUGUACCGCCUUGAAUCUCGAGCCAAGGCUGACGGUAAGACCCUUCAAAAGUUCAUCAUGGAUUUCCCUGGUCACAACCUCCCUGCUGAGUACGAGGCUCGUUUGGAGCAGCUCACAAGCCCAGGUGUCCUUAAACUGGAGCCUCUCGGAGAUGACGAGAAGAACGUCCACUUCAUACACGUUUCGGGCGUGGAGGACCAAGCUGGCGUUGACAAGAAAGUGCUGGAUGUGCUACGAAUGAAGGAGCCCGAGUAG